GUGGCGGGCCGUGCUUUGGCGUGCGAUGGAGGAGCGGGGCGCGUACCGCUGCGUGGAGUGCAGUAGGGAAGCGGCGGAGCUCUACCGCGACUACCGGCACGGCGUGCUCCGCAUCGCUGUCUGCGUGAGUCGGGCGGGAGCGGGCCUGGGGCAGCGCGGCUAUAGCGUUUGCGGCGGUGCUUUCGGCUAUUGCUUUAUGGCCUUACGUUGUGCCUGGAAAUCGUGCCAGAAACCUGUGGAUAAAUACAUUGAGUAUGAUCCUGUUAUCAUCUUGAUUAAUGCAAUUUUAUGUAAAGCACAAGCAUACAGACACAUUCUUUUCAAUACAAAGAUUAAUUUUCAUGGGAAGCUCUACAUAUUUUGUUUACUCUGUGAAGCUUAUCUCAGGUGGCUGCAGCUCCAGGAUUCUAGCCAAAGUACAGAUCCUGAUGACUUAAUCAGAUAUGCCAAGGAAUGGGAUUUUUAUAGAAUGUUUGGUAUAGCUUCUUUAGAACAAACUUCAUUUUUGGUUGGCAUCUUUAUUGCGUUGUGGUGGAGGAGACCCAAGAUGCUAAAAACGAAGUCUGACUUCAUUUUACUUCUCAAGGCACUGCUGUUGUCCAGCUAUGGAAAGCUUUUAUUAAUUCCAGCUGUUAUUUGGGAACAUGACUACACACCUUUGUGUCUUGUGUUUAUAAAAGUAUUCGUCUUGAUAUCAAACUCUCAGGCAAUUAGAGUUACGUUGAACUUGAACCGAGUGUUCCCUUGGUUGGCUAUUUUCUUUGGAUUAAUUUUGGAAAAUGGUGUGGUUUGUUUGGUCCAGAAAAUUGGAUGGGAUGUUUGAAAUGUCAGCUCAGACCUAAAGAAAUAUGGAUAGGGUGAUGAUCGUUUUCAAAUGAAGAGGGUUGUAGAAUAUCCUGAGUUGGAAGGGGCCCACAGUCCAUUUCCUGGCUCCACACAGCACUACCCAAAAUUCAAACCUUGUGCCUGAGAGCAUUGUCCAAAUGCUCCUUGAAUUCUGGCAGUCUGGGGCCAUUAUCACUGUCCUGUGGAGCCUGUUCCAGUGCUCAGCUUACCCUCUGUUGAAGAACCAUUUCUUAACACUCAACCUGACCUCCUGCUGAUGCAGUUCCAAGCUGCUCCCUCAGGUCCUGUUGCUGUCCCCAGAGAGAAAAGAUCAGCGCCUGCACCUCUGCUCCCCUUGUCUAAGCAAGAUUUCUGCCAGCAGGCUCUGAAGACACUGUUUUUAUAGUGAUAAUGAAGAUGAUCAGUAAUAAAAAUUUUAGUAGACAGUUUGAGGAUGAGCUAAAAUGAGAAGCACUUGGAAGUUUGGCUGUCUAAUGCGAUAAGCAAUGAAACUUCAGCCUUAGCUUAUUUUUCUAUUAAAAAUGUGAACAUUUCACUAUCCUAGGAGCUUUAUAAAUCUGGCUAUAUAACUGACUGAAAUAAAAACGGUAUGCUACAAAAAUUUCAGCUCUGUUAGCAGUCACUGCAUUUUGGCAGAAAGAGGGGGAUGAAUUGUUCCCUUAGGAGGAAGGAAAAGAAUCAGUGGAAAAAUGUAAAAGCCAAAAUUGAUAUUUCUGCAAAAACAGAUUUCAGAGAGAAAUGCACAUGUGCAAACAGAUUUUUUAAUAGAAAAGGCAAGUAUUGCAGAUUGAAACUAGAGUGGAAAAACUAAGUUCCGUUCUUUGAAUUGUUUAUAUAAACAUUCCAGAAUAAUAAAAUACCUACUUCUAGAGUAAUCUCUAGGAAGUACAGUUUUAACUGGCUUUGAAUUGUAUGUUAUUUCAUAAAAAGGGAAAUGUAAGACUACUCAGCAAUGUUCUUUUAUGUAGUAUUAUUUCUUGAAAAAAGAGGCAAGAUUUGGAAAGUAUUAAUAAGGUGACACUUGUGAAAGUUCUGCACCAUUUUCCUUCACAGGCAAGGAGAGGGAUAGCACAAAGGAACUGCAGAAUUGAUUUUCUCAAGGCAGUAGUUAGGACACUGACCUACUCUUCUGCAGACCAGUUUCCAUUGUGUUUCAUCUAGUGUUUAAUUUUCCUGCUUCAGUUCUGGAAGGCUGUACUGUCUGCAGGUACCAUUUAGCUUCUUCAUUUUUCUCAGGUACAGUUUCCUAUCUAUGUUUUGCAAAAUGCAUUAGUUAAAAUUUUGCAACAUCUUCCAAGUUAACUAUGAACAGGUUUAGAGUAGGUCUAGAUUAUGAUCACAAAAGACAUCAGACAUUAAAACCCUUGCAACUAUGCAGGCCAAGUUAAGUUACUGUGUUAGAAAAGCAAAGGAUUGCUAAUUGUUUUUCAAUAGAUCAGAAGCCAACACCAUAUAUGUACCACUUGUUAAAAUUGGCAUCUUCCUGAGCAUGUGAUGUGGCCGAAAAAAAGAAAACCCAUAAAAAAUAAAGUGCAACUCCAUUUAAGUACACAAGAUAAGUCAACACCAAAACUGUUCCAGUAAGCACAUAGUUGUGAAGGUGUAUGAGGGAUCCACCUUGCUUUAGCAACUUUGGCAAUCUGGUAUCUAGAACAUGCAUUGUUUUGCAUAAUUAGAUUUGGAGAGGUACUCCUCCCCCAUGAUCUUUUUAAAACAGUACAUUGCUGAUGGUGCUUUGAAGAGCUUGUCUUCCUACAUUGCCAGACACAUCAUUGCAACAUGUGCUUCAGUUUGAGAAGGUUCAAUGGGAAAGUGCAGUAAACGCUAUAUAAAAGCUUCAGGGAAGCAAGUUUGGCCUGCUUUCAUUUUCUUCCUUCACCUUCUGCCCAUAUUGAAAGGGGGGAUGUUGUUCUGCUGCAGCAGAGAGCGUGACAAGAAUAUGCACUAGGAAGAUGCUGGUGCUUGCUGAGUUAAACCCCAUUUGUUAUUGUAACUCUGAUAUGGUAUUUUCCACCUUCCUGUACAUACAAGGAAAAGAUUUUGUAUUACAUAUAAUGUAAAUGUCACCAAUUCAGAAACAAAAUAUGUAAAUAAAACAUAUAUAAAUUUGAAGGGAGCCAUUUUCUUAAAGUUUAUUCAGAAUUAAAAAUAUUUUGGGAUGCUUUCUGAGUUUUAUUUAGUAGACCUAAAAUGGAAAUGAACACUUAGUGCUUACAUCUUCUGUCAUGCAGGCUGAUAGUAUCUCAGCUAUGCACUCUGCAAUGCUAUCAGGAGCCACCAUUAUUCUUAUGCAACUUUGAGGAAGGAGAAAAAAUUAAUAGCUACACAGCCGUGGACAAAAGUAGGUGUUGUACAAGCUUUCAGUCUUUCACAGGCAUCAUUAUUAUCAACUCAUGCAGGGCAUUCUGCCUUGUGUGAUUUUAUGGCUACUAAUGUACCAGUGUUAAUGUGACAAGUGCACUAAAACUCCAUGAAUCUAGUAUGAACUUGAGGAUUUUCUCAGUGUGUGCUUGUGUGUUGACCAUUGAUAGUGUGUGUUGAGGACUGCAUUUUCAAUGCAUUUGGGAAAGGGUCUCAUAUGGUGCUUCAGAGAAAACCUCGACUAUUUUAAGGUCCUGCCUGUUUAAAACAGUCAUGUCUCUCUCACAUUUAUUCUUUUUUGUCUUUUGCUCUCAUCUUUCUUAAAUUUGUUUUUGUAAUGAAAUAGUCAUCUGUGCUAGAAAAUGGAUUAAAAAUAGGCUGCCCUUCCUACAUAUCUUAAUAUCAUUUCAUUAACUUGUAUGAAAAGUUACUUUUUUUUUUUUUUUUUUUUUUUUU